UUUCUGCAGAGGAGCCUUCAGGUUCAUUUCAAAAGAGUACUGGGCAUAGCGUUUAUCAUUCUUCUUCAUCUCCUGAGUUUGUCGUACAUCAUUGUAAUCCCCAAAGAGAAAACUCAGUGAAACAUCACCGCUUUCCUCUUCUCUCUCUGUGUCUCUGUCUGCUGCCUGAGGCAGAUCCUCAGAGGUGCCGUUACAACCUGUGGUUCUGACUCUCCUCUUUCUUUUCACACUUGGCUCCUGUACGAGCACUUAGUUUUUUAAGGAAGCAGUUUUUGUCUUCUUUCCUCUACUCAGGUCAUCUAUAAUUUUAUAAUCUUCUUUGGCACGUUGCUCACUGCCAAUCUGUGGUAUCUUCCUGUUCCUGGGUAUCUCUCCCACGCCCCUCAGCAGUGGCAUGCAACCACCACAUCCUGCUCCAUCAAAGAAACCAUGCAAUUCUGAUCUUUGUCACACAGCUAAACCAUCUCUCCUUGUAAUCCUGGAAUAGUCAUGUCUUCCAGCAGUGUCUCAAUUGCAUCCCCUAAUCUCACACUCCCGUCCAUGUGAGAAAGGGAUUUUCUGCUUAAAAAAAUGGAGAACUAGCAACGGUGAAAUUUUCUCACACCAGCAGCUCUGUGAAGCACCCUAAUGCAGCCGUGCAGAUUCCCUUACCUUUUUCCCUCCCCACAUCACCAUUAUCUCUGUCUUUGGUUCUCCCCACAUAGGGGCUGAAGUCCCUCAGUUUUCAUAGCCCUGUGCUGUCCUAGCCUUGAAAUACUUACUUUGCAUUACCCUAUCCCUCAGCCCUGCCUAAUUCCCCCAAAACAGUGUCAAGGGCCUCUCUGGAGCAGAGAAAAAUUUAACAUGUUGGCACUGUAUUACAUAAUUCACAAAAGAAACCACAAACAUACUCGCUGCCUACAGCAGGACUGUCAGCAACAUAACCUGGGAUUUAAGCAAUCUGUAUGCAGUUUGAUCUGUUUAAGCUCUGUCCCUGAAGAUCAGAUUAGAUAUCUCUCCUUCUCUGUUCCUGUUCUGUGAGCACUUGUCUCAGCAGAUUAAUACAAAUGAGCUUUUCUAGGCUUUCCUAGCAAGUAAAUAGGAAUAAACUACCACGUCCUUCAAAAUCCACAGACCCGGGCUAUGUUUUGUAGUGGAUUAUGCAACUGGGCAAAUUGGAGAUAAAUUGCACAAGGCAAUUCUGGCAGAACCGGUUGGAAACCAGCUGAGGCUCUUUGUUUUUCAUGUCAUUACGCUGAAAGGUCUUAGGCAGGGCAACAGAUGAUGCCCUUUUCUCCUUCCACUCGCUCCCACCAAGGUGUAGCGCAUGAAGCAAAGGCAGUUUUCUUAUUCUACUAUUCCACUACAGUCCAGGUUGCUACCACAGGAGCCCUUUUUAUGUGCCACAGCAGCUUCCUCUGAUAAGCCAUGGCACUAAGACUCACCAGCCCAUUUCCAACAAACUUGCCAACAGUCACCACACCAGACAAUAGGGUGGCCUAGUCAGGGUUCAUUUCAGCAUUUGCAAGAGAAAGGCAAGUUAGUCAGUAGAGCCCCUUUUCCUUGGUGAGAAGAGCCAGCAUUCACCCAUCCUGAGGAGUACUGGGUAGGAGGUAAACACUUUGUUGCUUUUUUUGGUUGUGUAGUACAAAACAACUAUUAAAAAUGUUUUAAGAUGUAUAUGGGAUGGGCUAGUACCCAGUACGUUUCACUGAGGCAGGGUGCCAGGGCAUAUUAUGUAAAGUGUUGAACUUUACAUGUUAAAUUCGAUAUAGAACAGUCAGUUUCCACUCCUCCUUUCUGGCAAUAGGCCCAGUCUCGUGCACUUCCAUAUAAACUGGGCCCCUCAUAGCAGACUAGCUGCCCAAGGUAUCAGCAAGACUCAGAAACUGCAGUGGUCCUGUUGAUGAUGGCAGUUCUCUUCUCAGGAAUCAAGGGUAUGCUCUUCUUCUUGUUCCUCCCAUGCUUUUGUUCUUGUCAGCCUGCACCUCCACUGCUGCGUUUCUCCAUCUUCCUGGAUCCUUCAAACAUGGUCUACCUCUGCUGGGACCAUGACGAACAGGAGCUGAUGACGUUAGAGUUGCAGGUCCGUACAACUGGCUGGGUGGCAUUUGGAUUCAGCCCUCACGGAGAGUUGCCUGGAUCUGACAUUGUGAUAGGAUGUGUCUUCCCAAAUGGCAGCAUCUACUUCUCCGAUUGUCACGUGGUAGAUGAGGCAACCCUUGAGGAAGAUGGGAGCCAGGACUACCAACUGCUGUCAGUGACAGAGAAUGAGACCUCCACCACCGUGCUGUUCAAACGCCACCGAAGGACGUGUGACCCCAAUGACCGGGAUAUCACAAUGGACACAGCACGCCUCGUUACUGCAUUUGGCACUGAUGACACAGUCCAAUUCUUUGAAGGCCAAAGAUUUUCCAAAUCUCUUUUCUUGAUCAGGUACAGAGGCCCAUCUGACUUAACUGACCCCAAAAUAUUCUUCACGUAUGACCUGAGGCUGGACAAUUUUGCUGUUCCAGUAGAAGAAACCAUGUAUGCCUGUACCUUUAUCCCACUGCCCGUGGUCAAGCAGAAACACCAUAUCUACAAGUUCGAACCUGUAAUAACACCCCACAACAUAACCUUGGUUCAUUAUAUUCUUGUUUAUGCCUGUGGCAACGCCAGCGUGUUACCCAGUGGCAUAGAUGAUUGCUAUGGAGCCAAUCCAGAUUUUGCCCUGUGCUCUCAGGUGCUUGCGGGCUGGGCUGUUGGAGGGGAGUCUUAUCAAUUUCCAGAUGAAGCUGUGGUUUCCAUAGGGACACCUUGGGACCCUCAGUACGUCUGACUAGAAAUCCAUUACAGCAAUUUUGACUUGUUACCAGGUGAGCUUGAUCAACAGCUCAGAAUCUACUAUACUCCGGAGCUACGGAAGUAUGAUGUGGGGGUUCUGCAAACAGGCAUCUUCACUUUCCCAGUGCAUUUCAUUCCUCCCGGGGCAGAAUCCUACAGAUCUUAUGGCCUUUGCAAUUCCAGCCAGUUUGAUGAAAUGAAUGGGAUGUUGGUUCCAGAUUUGCAUGUAUUUGCCUACUUGCUUCACACCCACCUGUCUGGCAGAGGAGUGAAAGCUGCUCAAUACCGGAAUGGUGAGCAGCUGAGGAUCAUCUGUGAGGACAAUAAGUACGACUUCAGACUGCAGGAGAUUUGGGACGUGAAAGAAAUCCUCAUAAUCAAACCAGGGGAUGAGAUCCUGGUCAAAUGCGAUUUUCAGAUGCUGGAUCGAUCAGGGAUUAGUUUUCGUGGGCCAAGCACCAUGGAUGAGAUGUGUCUGACAUUCCUCUUCUACUACCCUUGUAACAACAUCUCCAGUUGUAUGGGCUUCCCUGACAUACUGUACGUUGCACGUGCACUCAAACAGGAGGCUUCAGAUGCAGUGGAAGGAAUGAUGGCCACGGAUUUUGUUGACUGGGACAAUGAUACUGUCAAAAUUGCAGAGAAGGCAGCCAAGGAAGCAGAUCAAGUAGUCAUGAUUAAAACCAUUGAUGAACUCCAGAGAAAUGAGAGUGGUCUAAUCAGAGACAUUAGUAUUCCAGAGUGGCCUGCCUGUCACAAUAUUUCUGGACACCUCUCACUGUCAUGUUUGGGGGCCACUGCAAACCUCCGUUUGACCGCAGUAUGCACUUCUGAGUCACCAACCACCAAAGAAACUGCUAUACUUCCUCUUCUUUCUCUCACACAGCUGGUGUUUUCUUGGCUGAUCUUGGCCUCCGAGUAUGGGAAGUGAGGGGCAGAAUACCAAAACGGAUCACUGGCCCGUUGAAGAAGUCUCUGUAAUUACCACCUGGUAGUGCGGUAUUCCAGAUCUGAUGGCCCUGAACAUGAGAGGAUACUUACAUAAUAGAAAAUUGUCUCUCUUUGGAAGAAAUAGGUUCAACGGGCAUUGGCAUUUACUUUAUUUUCAUUAAAAAUACUUUCUAGUACAGUUUGUUCUAAAUCCGAAAAGCAAUGUACUAUAAUGCAGUAAAGAUAGGAAUACAGUCAUCUUUUCAGUAGCUGCUGCUUAAUUAUUAAAUCCAGAGCUUUCAUA